UUUUAUAUUUUUCUUCUUCACUCUCACAUUGCUGCUUACCUUCUCUCUUUCUAAUGGCUAUUAUGAGGCUGUUUUCGGUUUUCUGUGUGUUUGGUAUUGUGUUAAGGGUAGGGUUAGGGCAAAAUGUAGAUGAUCCAUUUGGAGGAAGCAGAAGAGAAAUGGUGCCUGCUAUGUUUAUAUUUGGUGACUCUCUUAUUGAUAAUGGAAAUAAUAACAAUCUUCCUUCUUUCGCUAAAGCUAAUUAUUUUCCUUAUGGUAUUGACUUCAAUGGUGGCCCUACUGGUCGUUUCUCCAAUGGUUACACCAUGGUUGAUGAAAUAGCUGAACUGCUAGGACUUCCCCUAAUUCCUGCCUACUCAGAAGCUUCUGGAGAUGAUGUGCUUCAUGGAGUCAACUAUGCCUCUGCCGCUGCUGGAAUUCUCGAUAUCACAGGCAGAAAUUUUGUGGGUCGCAUACCAUUUAAUCAACAGAUAAAGAAUUUUCAGAAUACGCUUGAUCAGAUCACAGAUAAUCUUGGUGCAAUCGAUGUGGCUAGUGCAAUUGCAAGGAGCAUUUUCUUCGUAGGCAUGGGCAGCAAUGAUUACCUCAAUAACUAUCUCAUGCCUAAUUACCCUACUAAGAAUCAAUAUGAUGGCCCCCAGUAUGCUAAUCUUUUGGUUCAACAAUACACUCAGCAACUAACGACCCUUUACAAUCUCGGAGCAAGAAAAUUUAUACUUGCAGGUUUAGGAGUGAUGGGAUGUAUUCCAAGCAUCCUGGCACAGAGCCCUGCAGGUCUUUGCUCUGAAGAGGUUAAUCAACUUGUUCUUCCCUUCAAUGAAAACGUUAAAACUAUGAUGAACAAUUUAAAUUCCAAUCUCCCUGGAGCUAAAUUCAUUUACAUUGAUGUUCACCGUAUGUUUCGAGAUAUCCUGACAAACUCUCCAGCUUAUGGAUUUAGUGUAAUCAAUCGCGGAUGUUGUGGAAUAGGCCGGAAUAGAGGUCAAGUGACAUGUCUUCCCUUCCAAACACCGUGUCAGAAUCGAGAACAAUACAUUUUUUGGGAUGCAUUUCACCCAACAGAAGCUGUGAACAUUUUGAUGGGAAGAAAGGCUUUCAAUGGAGAUACUAGCAUUGUUUAUCCUAUGAACAUCAAGCAGCUUGCCAAUCUUUAAGUUGAAUCCAAUUGAUAGAGAGAGUUCAAAAGAGAGAAAGAGAGAAAAAAAAAAAGGAGCUUCAAGCUUCAUGCCAAUUACUAUAUAUCUCAUUUGAAGAGUGUGGUACUUUUUUAUAUUAUGGAAAUCAAAGAAUAGUUAUGUAUGCUACUUUGGUUUGGUUUUUGACAAUAUCAUUUUCUAUUUACAAAUAUAACCUAAUUUUUAA